GAGUUGCUGACACUGGUGAACGGCAUGCGGGCUGCCUCAAGGGCAGUCACUUCGGCGCUGAUGUUGAUCAUCGGCCUUAAUUAUGUCUUCGCCAUCAUCAUCAACAUGUUCCUGUCGGAGGUCACCAAUGAUCAGAACGAGACCGUGUGGGCCAAGUUCCACACGUUGGGCCUCAGCAUGUGGAGUUUGGCGCUCCAUGGCAUCAUUCUGCGCAACUAA